AUGCGCCGCCCUUUCCUCCUCCACCUCCUCGCCGCCGCGAUCCUCCUCUCUACCACCUCCGCCUUCAACAUCACCAUCCUCCUGGGGCGGUUCCCCGGGUUCGAGCAAUUCAACCAGCUCCUCUCCCACACCCAGCUCGCCGAGCAAGUGAACAGCCGGCGCACCAUCACGGUCCUCGGCCUCCCCAACGACCGCAUCGGAACCCUAAUGCAGCUCCGCGAGGACGCCCAGAAGAGCAUCCUCAGCCUCCACAUCAUCCUCGACUACUUCGACAUGGCCAAGCUCGCCAAGCUCACCCCCGCCAACAAGACCACCCUCACCACCCUCUACCAGUCCUCCGGCCUCGCCAACGGCCGCCAGGGCUUCAUCGACGUCGUCCGCCGCACCGACGGCACCAUCGUCUUCGGCUCCUCCGUCCCCGGCUCUCCCCUCGUCUGCAAUUUCGUCAACCCUGUCGCCGCCCAGCCCUUCAACAUCUCCGUCCUCAGCGUCUCCCAGCCCAUCAUCGCCCCGGGGAUGGACGGCACUUACUUCGACACGCCGGCGACUCCUCCUCCUCCGCCUCCGGCCGCCGCGGCACCGGCACCGGCGGCGAGGAAGAAGGCUCCGCCUCCGGUGGAGGAGGAACCUGUGGAGGUGACGGAGGCUCCGGCUCCGGCAGCGGCGCCGGCGCCGACGAAAUCGCCGGCACCUAGCCCGGAUGCGGAUGCGGAUGCGGCGGCGGAUGAAGGGGAAGAUGUGAAUGCGGCGGAGGAUCUGACGUCGGAGAAGGAGACGAGCGGGGGAGUGGAUUUGGGGGUGAAAUUAGGGUUGGUGAUUGGAUUGGCGGCGUUGGUUGCGGUGGCGGGGCAGUGA